AUGGGUCCGACCAAUAUCCCCUCAUGGGCUCGCUCCGUCUGGGCUCGCUCUACAGCGAGCGAUCUCGAAUCGGUCCCUUCUACGUUUUCUAGCUGGGAUAAGUGUAUGGCCAAGUCAUACUGCAAGUGGCCUGUCAUCGUCGGUAUCAUCAUUGCCGCCGUGAUUGUAAUCGCCAUUCUCGGCUGUAUAAUUAACUGCAUUUGCUGUGGCUACCAAUGCUGUAAAUGCUGCUGCAGUUGCUGUUGCCCCUCCGGCCGACGCAGAAACAAGGCGCCCAAGCAAGCGAAACACUACGAUGAUCCAAUUUAUACUCAACCCCCACCUGCUCCGAACCCAAUUUAUCAACCUCCGCCAGCCCCGCCAGUCUAUCGCGGCGCGAACACUACGGCUACAUUUGAUAGCACCUCUAAGUCCGGUGCAACGUCUACGAUCAAUGAGGAUGCGCUGCCGGAGAUGCCUACCUGGGCCGCUGCUGUCGACAAGCACGUCGAAGAUCACUUCCACGAAGACGUGGAGAUGGAGCCGUUGAGCCCGCCGGACCACAGGCAGGGCGCCGGUACGCCUGGACACACUGGUGCUGCUUAUGCGGAUUAUGCCCCUGAUCGUGGAACUACUCCUCUGGCUGGUUACAGAGGCUUCAAUCAUACCGAUCCUUACGCUCGCCGGUCCCCUGGUCCCGCAGCUGCCUUGGCUGCUACCCAGGACCCAUACGGCCGCCGUUCACCUGGUGCUCCUCUGGCUUUGAACACACAAGUUGAUCCAUACGGCCGCCGCUCUCCUGGUGUUGCAUCCCCGGCAGUCGCGGCAGCCGUCGACCCCUACAACCGACGCUCACCCGGUCCAAACGCCGCAAUGGACCCCUACGGCCGCCGCUCUCCAGCCCCAGCGGCCGCCUACGCAGCCCAAGACCCAUACGGCCGCCGUUCCCCCGGUCCAAACGCCGUCAUGAGCCCUUACGGCCACCAUUCACCCGGAUCCCUAAACAACGCAUCCCCCAUCGACCCAUACGGCCGCCUAAAAUCUCCCGUUGGAGCCCCAGUCUCAAGCCCCUACGAGCACCAACCCUACAACCAGCCCUACGACGACUACAGCAACAGCUACCACCCUGUAUCCUCCCCUUCCCCAGUAGCAGCCUACCAGCCUCAAACAAAUUACAGCCCCAUACAUGGCUCGGAACCUCAUCCCCAAGCCCCGGGCUUCACCCGCCAACCAUCAUUUGGCUCAAGCCAAUACCCACCAACUUAUACUUCCCAACCCUCCUACAGAGGCGCACACCCCUCUAUCUCUGGCUCCCCACCUCCGCCCUUCCAAUCCCAGGCUCCGUCAGAGUAUACAGCCUAUGGAUCCCAUGCGCAAGACCAGGGUCAUCAGUACGGCGUUGAAGCUUCGGACACGAAUCGCGAUAGACCACCUAGUCUGCUCAUGAGCGGGCGCAAGCCGGCGCCGAAUACCUAUCGCGAUGUAUAG